UAGUGAUAAACGGAACGGCUAAAAGCAAUAUAUAUCAUGAUGCUGACCUGGAGUGUGAAGUACAACCUUCACUAGUACAAAUCCGGUAUUAAAUGUAUCCAUUCUCUGCACCGAAUCUAGUCUAAAUAACAAAUACACUACAACACAUAAUUUUAUAUAUAGUCUGCUAAAUAUCAUUUACACUACUCGAAAAGGAGGGGCUUGAUACGAAAGUCACACCAUACGAUCAACAUCAUACUUAGUUUAUUUAAGGACAUAGUCACACAUAUCACAAUCAUAUCUUUUCGUAUACAAAAUUUCAACCAUAAUUAGUCUAUAUAGAAGUUAGAUGUGUCAGAUUAAGCACAAUGGACAUGGCAUUGCACCCAGCGGUGAUACGAGGGAUGAGCGGUAUCAGUAAAAAGCCUGUGGUCCCUGAAGGUCCGCCUAUAGUUAAAAUGCAGGUCUCGCCAAUUAGAAGUGUUGCGAUUGUAGGUGACUGUACAAGCCUACAAGCAAGCUUCAUGAAUGCAUUGAAAGGAAUUGGAGACAAACGUUCAAGAUUCUUCGUGAUCAGCACCCUCAAGCUCAUCCACACAAUAGUACUGGCGGACGUAAUCUUGGUGUGCUUCGAUAGCGCGGAUGCCGAUUCCUUAAAUGAUGCGAAAGAAUGGGCGGCUAAAAGUAGUAAACAAACAGAAAAGGCUACGCUCAUACUGGUAGGCCUCUCCCGUGGGGAAUCGGAGGUAAAGCGACAGGUGGUGGCUGAGGCAAAUGGGUUGUACAAACUAUUCGGGGCCAAGUACUACAUGCAGUGCAACAUCCUCUCCCGCCUGGAAGUAGUGGAUGUGUUCAUGACAACCUCCGUGGAAGCCUUGGCCGUUAUAGCGAAGAACCGGGUGACCCAUCCCGUACCCGAGCCCCAUGUUAAACAUAGCGCCAACUUCAACAUAAUAGGCAAACUACACCAUGUACACCACAAUAAAAGCAACGCCAAGAAGCUCUCAUUCGCCAGCUCGACCAAACCUGGCGCGACCCGCAACAGUCUCAAGCACACGGACAAUUAUGUGAUAGAUGCGCAGGCGAUGAUCGGGAUAGGAGGUGUAGGCAGCAUAAGCCCAGGCAACUCUCCCAAGACACGUAUGUCGAGCAAGAGCAAAGACAAAGAUAAGGAGAAGGAGAAAGAGAAGGCGAAGAAGAAGGCUCAGAAAGAGGCUCAGAAGGACAAGUUGGGCAAGAAGAAGGAUCACAAACGCACUGUGAGUGUGGAGUGUUCAAUGAAACCCUCAUAUAUAACACAGUCUGAUAUGACUAGCAGCCCCAGUGCCAUCUUUACGCGGGAUAGCUCGGCGGGUGUGGGUGGGUAUCUGCCGGGUAACUUGGUGGCCAGGACGAGAGGAUCGGUGCCAUCGGCUGCGGUAGUAGUUGGGGAUAUGCAUGCGAAUGGGAAUGGUCUACAACACAGCCCAAAAUCGGGACUCUCUAGGCCCCAAAACCAAGCCAAUGGCGACAGUGGGGGUGGUACUGGAAGGCAAUUGGACAGGCGGGCCAUUUCGGAUACAACGGUCUUUUUCCCACAGCAUUCGGAGGAGAGCCACCACUCCGCGACGUCUGCGGAGAGAGCGCUCGGCCCUCAGCCACACCCCACCGGCACAGGUGCAGGUGCACACACCGCACACCCAAUCAAACCACAUCACACCAGCUGCGACCCUCAAAUAGGCUUCAGACGGUCUCAGUCACACGCCCACACGCCCACGCAGUCUCGCACAUCCAGUCUAGUGCCGGCGGGGGAUGGCCUGAACAGCUUUGAUCCGACCAUGCACCUGGGAACCACGGCACCGGCUAUGGGGGGAGUGUCACGGUCUAUGAGUGCUGCGGGUUUGGCCCAACUGGCUACGUUUGUCGGCCCUGGGGUGGGACAAAUGGGACUGGCAGGACAAGCCGUGUAUGCGGGUGGAGGUAGCAAUGCAGCGAGUUGUGGGAGUAUAGCAGGCCAAAAUCAGCAAAGCGCUUAUAGUGAGCUGCAGACUGCGGGGUUUUCUGGGUUGACGCCCAUGAGCAUGAUCAUGGAUGAGGAUGGGGAGGGUCUGGUGAUGAUCACGCCGGCGAGUGUGGAUGGGUAUGCUUGUGUAAGAGCUCCGACACGGGAUAGUACAACCAGCAACUCGUCAUCUCAAGGUGGUGUAGUGUUUGAGGGGAUCGAUGACCACACCGUAACUAGUCCUGAUGAGACCAGGAGGAGAAUCAUGACCACAGGCGAUAACACCGGCAGUGACACCAGCGUGAAAACAAACUCCAGCACCGUGGGUCCCACGGUCGCUCGGUGCCGGAAUAGCCAGGGAGGUGCAAGUAUCGCUAGCUCUGGCAUUGGCCCGGUUAAGCAUCAGGGGGGUAUGCGUCCGUGCCUGUCCCAUCUGACUAUAAAGGACCACGAGGCGGCGAAACUGGCGCCGAACUCGGGCAUGCACCGUUCGUCGUUUACGGAUACGAGACUCCCCACUGCCAGAGGUGCGCCGAGAGGGAGUAAUAGGCGGUCAAUGGGAGAUGUGAGCAUUACUAGCAACGGUACGGCGAUCAGCCAAGCCACGGGUAUGAGCGGUUUAAGCCAACGGCGGCACAGCCCGUACUACAAUGUGGAGGGAGUGGAGAUCGGUGUUAAUAACACGACCGAUGGAACGAUCUCAGGAGAAGAAGGGGAGGACGGGAAACGGGAUAAGGAUGGCAAGGGCGGGAGGUUCAACAAGCUCUUCCGCCGAGGUUCGGACUACGAGGAUCUCGUGAAGGUCAGAGUGAAAAGUCCCGUGGCAUCGCCUGUUAUUGUGAUGAAACGGCACGCCACACUGACACGGCUGAGUGAGAUUAAGGGGCUGAGCACGAAGUAUGAUGUUGUGGGUAAUCCCAGGAGAACUAAGAGCCUGCACACGCACUCGCAAACGGCUACGGGGAGGGCGAGUUCACGGAAAAGCAACUGAUACGAGGAGUCGUCUGUUCACUGGGAUGGGAUAAAAAAAUCACGUUUGAAUAAAAUGUAGUAUCAUAAGUGGAUAUGAUAAGAUAUCUCAAGUUUUGCUUUUGUGGGGAGGAAGUAGAUAAAUAUGAUUUUGCGAGAGUUGCAAUGCGGCCCGACUACUAAGUAUGAUGAUACGGAAAGUCCCAGGGGCACUAGGAAAUUGUACUCAUACUCAAAUGGCAGUGAGGGCAGGGCGAGUACCCGACAUAAGUAGUGGCCAAUUUAAAGUUACAGGUUCCAGGAUGAGAUGAAGUGGCAUGCAUGUUCCAUAGAAUGUUUGAUACGAAAAUAAAGAUAUAAUAC